UUUGGUGCUGACAGACCUUCCUAAUCUGUAUCAGUAUAUUUUCCUCUCAUAGGACGUUUUCUUUUAGUUUUUGAUAAUUGGGAAUUGUGCAAUGGAGAAUUUUAAGCAAAAAUGUUAUUAUUUCUGUAGGUAAAGGGACUACAAAUUUUUUUUUUUUUUAAAUGCCCCAAAUGCAAUCCAAAUCUUUACUUGUUGGCUGGUUUUGCCAAGUCCAAGACGUGGGUUAGUUUUCUAGUGAUUUGCCCUUUUCCCUAAAAGUUCAUUGAAAAUCGACUUAUGUUAAUUGUUUAUAUUUUUGCCUGUUUUUUCUUUCAUUUGGAGUUCUUCCCAUUCGGGGUUCUGCUUGUUAUUUUCCAGGAUUUGAUUAAAUCUUCCACUUGUCCAUCAGGAAAUGCAGACUGUACUGAAUUUGCCUUACAACAUAUGAUGCAGAUUGCUGAAAGGGAGUUGAUGGUCAGGAGGAUUGAGUCACACACAAACCGGCAGGGGCUUACGUUGGAGGGCCUCCAGGCUGCAGAAGUGAGAGUCUGCACGAGUUAGUUGUGGUGUGGGGGAGGCGCCGUGAGGAAACCUGCUCAUUUGAUGAGAGAGCCAGCCAGCGGAAGUAAUACGUUCAGUGAUUUGCUUUUGACUUUGGGCAUGUCAUUGUAGGAAGUAUUGCAGCUUGAGAGACAGAUGGGAGGACAGCUCCUAGAAGAACCUAAGGCUCUUCAUUUUAAAGGCAGCACCCACAACCUGCGCCUGUCGAUUCACGAUAUCACCCAUUCCCUCUGGAAAAGUAAAUUGCUGGCGAAAUAUCAGGAGAUUCCUUUUUAUCAUAUCUGGAGUGGGUCUCAAAGAAACCUCCACUGCACAUUCACCCUGGAAAGAUUUAGCCUGAACACAGUGGAGCUGGUUUGCAAACUCUGCGUGCGACAGGUGGAAGGAGAAGGGCAGAUCUUCCAGCUCAACUGCACCGUGUCGGAGGAACCCACUGGCAUCGAUCUGCCUCUGCUGGACCCGGCGAGCACCAUCACCACCAUGACGGGCCCCAGUGCUUUCAGCAUCCCUCCCCCUAUCCGGCAGAAGCUCUGUAGCAGCCUGGACGCCCCACAGACCAGAGGGCAUGACUGGAGGAUGCUGGCCCAUAAGCUGAACCUGGACAGGUACUUGAAUUACUUUGCCACCAAAUCCAGCCCAACUGGCGUAAUCCUGGAUCUCUGGGAAGCACAGAACUUCCCAGAUGGCAACUUGAGCGUGCUGGCGGCUGUCCUGGAAGAAAUGGGAAGGCAUGAAACGGUAGUGUCUUUAGCAGCAGAAGGGCAGUAUUGACCCACGCCGGGACUGGAAGUGAAGGACGGGAAGGCACUGGGGGUCUGUGGCCGUCCAGGGCAUCGCGUGGAGAAGGAAAUCCAGAGUAGACCAUGACCAAUGAGUUUCACAGGCAAGACUGCAGGCGGGAGAGGGAAGGCAAGCAGAUGCAGCUGCUGACAGAUACGCCCACCGCAUGGACAUCAUCACAGGACUUAAGGACAAUUGUGUAAAUUUGUACCUUGAAUUUAGAGACCGACCUAAUUUUCCUCUUAGUUGGGCUGUAUGCUGUGUGGUACAGGAUCUUACAGUUUCCUAGGAAACGCUUUUUAUUGCUAUCCAGGUAUAUGGAUAAACUUUCUUAACAAACCCAAUUUCUACAAACGUUGUUUACAUCAGAUUGGACAGGGAUGCAGACACUGUCCAUGGCUCGUUCUAUUUUUGUUUAAAUCAUUUGAAGUUGAAGCUGUGGACAGUUUGUUGUGUCUAUUUCAGAUUAGUAAUUUACAGAGAAAUCAGACUUUUGCCACAAACUGUGUGCAUCAAGUGUCUCAGAUAAUCCUCCCCAUCGGUGUUCUGUUUCUAGAACUUGUAGAAUCAGUGUUACUGUUUGUAUCAGGGAAGUGGAGAAUCUAAGUAUAAAAGAGAAAUAACUAAGAUUCCUUAUUCCUUGAGGGUACCCGUCUGGUCACCCUCUGGGAAUAAAGCUGUAGCAUUGCAGGGAAGACCGUGAUUCAUGUUCAGCCACACAAACAAGCAUUUCUUCACCACGUGUGUGUUUGUAAGAUGCAAUUUGAAGUGUUUUGGUUUUUUUUUUAUAAAAAAAAGGUAUCGUUAUUAUUACUAUUACUAUUAUUGAUGAGUAUUUACAGGUAUUCUAGUAAAAGGAUUUUCUUUUAACUUCUGUUUUUGUUAGCAGUACUGUUAGUAUUUAGGUAUUGACUAGACCUGCUUCACCUUCUGAUGGGAUAAGGUGGGCGUGGUCACCAGUUUAAUUAAACAGGCUUUGCUUCCUUGACCUUUUAUCUUCUUGCAUCCUUCUGCCCCAGAAACAUAGUCAAUGCUUACUGGCUUUGUCAGUCUCUUCUUUCAGCUGGCUCAGGCAAGGUCUUUCUCCUCCAAAUCUUGUUGUGAGAAGCAUUCUCGACUGAAGUUCAAUCAACAUUGUGGUUCUGCCACCGAAACCCUGACACCGCCCCCACCCCCCGCCCCGCCCGGGUACUCUGUCUACUCGAGGGGCUGUGUGCCUGGAGGAACAGCCUUUGAGCUGGCAACUGGAAACCCGGUUCUCAUUCUGGGUGUGUCAUUGUCUAGCUGUGUUCCCCUGGGAGAGUCAUUUAACCUCACUGGACCUCAGUUCCCUCACAUGUCGAAUGAAGGGGUAGAAGUAGUAGGUCUUCUCAAGGUUCUAAAAUGCUGGACUCCUACUAUGAUGUCUCCAGUCUCCUUCAUCAGUCCAAGGACCACCAUGGACUCUGAGCUGGAAGCUUUAAAGAGUCAGCUAGUCUCUUGCCCAGGCUACAGUAUGCCUUCCAAAUAGUUCCAGCUUGGAAGAGGAGGAUUCUAACCUGUAGCCUAUUUGUCACGCUUUCAAGCCUUGUCUCUGGGCUGCUCGCCAAGAGACAGCAUACCUUUAUUAUCAUUUUCUUUCCUCUCUUGGGGCCACUUGCCUUCCUGACCGAUUGCAAAUUAUGUUCUAUUAUUGUCUUAAUUAGACUUUUUUAAAUUAAAAAAAAAGUUAACUGAGAAGUAGUCCAAAGACGACUUUGUGUAAACUAUGGUAUUCCCUUAGAACUGUCACAGGCUCUUUGUUUUAUUUAACCCAGGGACUCAAUUCAUUCAGCAAGUGGGAAAUCCAGGGUCAGCAGCCAGUAGCCAAACAACGAUUGAACAACAAGCACCCAUGUGGAUGAAUCAGAGCCUUUGAAACAUGGCUGUGGUUAACUUUUGGGCUGGAGGUAUACAGGUUGCUGACUGGAGUUGAAUGAGAAAUCAUUCUAUAUAUUUUCCUCCCUCUUUAGACAUGUAUUUCCUCUUCUAUUUUGGUGACUUCUUGAUAUUCCCAAGACUCCUCCAUCCUCCUCAUUGAGGAACUACUGAUACUCUGGUACAGAGCCUCUUCUCUCACCCCUUUUGUUUCUUAUCUUCUGUUUUAGGCAUACAUUCUAUAACCUGUCUCUCUCAGGCCACCCCCUGCACCAUACAUAAGUCUCUGUUAUGCUAAUGUGAAAGGAAGAGUUUGCAGUAAUAAACAAGUUCAGUGGA